AACUUGAUGGUAUUUAUUUUAAUAUGUAAAAGCAUAUAUAAUUUUCUUCAACAUUAAAUUUAAUGAAUGUUUUCCAAAUAGCUGACAUUGACAAGACUCUAAUUGCCAAGAGAAAAAGACUAGAAAUGUAUACCAAAGCUUCUCUCAGAACUAGUAGACAGAAAAUUGAAAAUAUUUGGAAAGUAGAACAAGAGCAAAGGCAGAAACUUAGCCAAGAAUAUUCUCAGCAGUUUCUCACCUUGUUUCAGCAGUGGGAUGUAGAUAUGCAGAAAGCUCAGAAACAGGAACAACAACUAACUAAUAUGUUUCAACAGCAACAGCAGAUUUUUCAACAAAGUAGAAUUGUUCAGAGCCAGAGACUGAAAACACUUAAACAAUUAUAUGACCAAUUUAUAAAGAAUAUGGAGGAAAUGGAGAAGAAUCAUGAUGUUCUACUUACUGGUGCACACAAUGAACUUAAAAAAGAAAUGGCUAUGUUACAAAAACAAAUCAUGAUGGAAACUGUAAGUUACUAUACUUAA